AUGACGAUCGACGUAGACCUCUCCUCCGUCGCCGAUCUCGAAGCAACAUGCUCCGAUCUCCGGAAGCUCCUCCACACAUCGUCCAAGAUGGAGGACAUCCUCCGGAAGAUGGACAACCGGUUCGAAGUCAUGGACGAGAACCUCGCCACUGCCGCCAGGCGGAUUGCUCCGCUCCAAUCCCUAGCCAUGGCGUCCAAGGCUCUCGACACCAGGAUCAACCGAGCCGUCUCCCCUGCUUUCUCGCUUCUUGAAGGAUUCAAGCGCUCGGAAACGCUCCAGCGGCAGCUGAUUGACCUGUCGGCGAAGUUGGAGUCCGAGAGGAAGCCGAAGAAGCGGCUGAGGCUGCUGCUCAAAUUCGUCGACUACGUCGACGGGCUGAAUUCGACGAUCAAUUCGAUUAGCCAGGACGGCGAGCCGGCGAUUCAGAAGCUGCAGGAAGUUGUGGAGUUUCUGAGCAGGACGAAGGCGACCGAUCAUUUCCGAGCUCAUCGGCUGAGGGAAACUCUCGUCACGCUCAAGGCCCUGUACGAAACGGAAGUCGACGCCAUGAAAUUCGAAGGGUUCUUGGAUCAGGCCCUCCUGAAUUUGCAGGAUGAGUAUGAGACGAUUCUCCAGCAGCUUCGGCACCAGAAUUUGGGGGAUUUGCGAGGGGAGGAAGAUGAGCCGGAAUCCAAUCCGUCUACUGACCUUGGCACCGAUCUCGAGCUCGAAAUCCUGCAGCGGAUUUCUGAAAUCCUCUGCUCUAACGAUUGCUUGGAUAUCUGCAUCGAUAUCUUCGUUAAGGUGAGGUACAGAAGAGCAGCGAAAGCAUUGAUGCGGCUGAACCCGGAUUACCUGAGGACUUACACGCCGGAAGAGAUCGAUGAUAUCGAGUGGGAAACAUUGGAGAAUGCGAUAAGCCUAUGGAUUCGGCACUUCGAGCUUGCUCUAAGAACCGUUUUCAUAUCGGAGAAGAAGCUCUGCAAUCGGGUUCUGGGAGGGAUUUUGGACGGAGCUGUUUGGCUGGAAUGCUUCAUCAAGAUCGCCGACAAAAUCAUGGCGGUCUUUUUCCGGUUCGGGGAAGGUGUAGCGAGGAGUAGCAAAGAGCCGCAGAAGCUGUUCAAGCUUCUGGACAUGUUCGAUUCCCUGGAGAGCCUGAAAUCGGAGUUCACCGCCAUUUUCGAAGGGGAAGCUGGACUGGACAUCUGUAUAAGAUACAGGGAGCUGGAGAAGCUUCUGGUUCACUCGUCGAGCAAAGUUUUCUGGGAGUUUGGACUUCAGAUCGAAGGAAACUCCGACGGAUUCCCUCCGCCGCAAGACGGAUCUGUGUCGAAGCUCGUGAGGUAUGCAAUCAACUACCUCAAGUACCUAGCAACGGAAGCCUACAGCGUCCCCAUGGCCAAGGUUCUUCGAACGGAGCAGAUCUGGAAAGCCGGGAUUCUGUCCAAACCAGAAUCCGACGAGAAUUUGCUACAGGAAGCCAUUACCAACAUCCUCGAAGCACUUCAACGCAACAUCGAAUCGAAGCGGUCGAGGUACAAGGACAAAGUUCUGCCUCACAUUUUCGCGAUGAACACCUACUGGUACAUUUACAUGAGGACUCGAAAUACGGAGCUGGGGAAGUUGCUCGGGGAGCAGUACAUGAAGCAGAAGUACAAAUUCGUCGCCGAGGAAUCCGCGUAUCUGUAUCAGAAGCAGGCGUGGGGCCCGCUGGUGAGGCUUCUGGAGGCGGACGAUGUGAAGAGGCAGGGGAAUUUGCAGGAUUCGGCGAUGGGCGCCGCCGUGAGGGCGAAAGUGGAAGGGUUUCUCAAGGCGCUGGAGGAGACGGCGGAGCGGCACAGGGCGUCUUACACCAUUCCCGACGUCGUUUUGAGGGAGCAGAUUCGGGAAGCGACGGUGAAGGUUGUCGUUCCGGCUUACUCGGAUUUUCUGAGCAAUUAUACCCGGGCGACGCAGGGGAAGAAUUUUCCGAGCUCGGAGUCGGUUCAGGCGAUGGUGUGUCGGGUUUUUAACAACGGGGAGCAGUACCCGGCGGCCGGAGAAGGGAAGUUGAGGCCGCGGAGUUCGAAAGGCCGGUCGACGAAUGCCGGCGGUGGGGGGAGCGAGGCAGGGUCCGCUGACUUUGAGCGUAAGGAUUUUCGACGGUCGAGAUCGAUUAGAUCGUCUGCCAGCGAUCAGUUGGACGGCUGAUGUGAGUGGUUCUCGUGUGGGGUCUUUCUUCCUGCCCCUGGACCCCACCGUAUUAUGCACGAUUCUCUUAUCUUUUAUUUUCCCACUCUUUUUUUUUUUAUAGUUUUUUUUGUCAAUACAUGGGUUGGUGCCGUUUUGUGAUUUUGUCAUU